CUGGGGGGGGGGGGGGGGGGGCCGCCACCUCGCACCCCGGUGACAGCGGCCGCUCCCCGCUCCCCGCUCCCCGCUCCCGGCCCGGCGCCAGCAGGAAGGGGAGGGACCGUCCGCCGGGACAGGCGGCUGCGGGGCCCCGCUGCAGCGCCGGGAACCGGGAAACCGGGAGCCGUCCUUCCCGCUCCGCCGCCGCCCGGCCGCCAUGUUGGAGCCCGGGGCCCCCGCCGCGCCCGAGGGGCAUGGUGACAAGGCAAAUGAAGCUUCUUCAAAAUUGGAAGAGAAAAAAGCAGAAGCAGCAGAGAAGAAACCAGCAAGUGCUGAUGUCAGCCAACCCCCUAAAACACAGGCAAGUGGAGCACCUUCUGCUGCUAAGCAGUCCCCCUCUGCCGAUGCAUCAAAACCAGAAAUUAUGAAGCCAUCUGAAACAAAGUCUGCACCAACAACCAAAACAGAAUCUGGAAAAAACACACAGCCAACCCAGACAAAAACCCAAACCUCACCUUCUGUGACAACUUCUAGACCAAAUGGUACGGGACAAGUAACUACAACUCAGGCUGACCAGCCUCCACAAACAACCUGCACAGAUACACCAAAGCCUAAGUCUGAGAAGAUGUCCAUGGUAGCUGAUGCAGGUGCAGCUGGUGUAGGUGUGGCUGCUGCAGCUGAGAAGUCAAGUACUGAGCCUAGUAUGGAUGAGUCGGCACUUGAUAGCCUAAUAGAUACCCUUGGUGGACCUGAAGAAGAUGUGCCUACAAGCCCUGUUUACACUGGUCCGGAAGUUACGGAAGAUAUAUCUUCAAGAUACUUGGAAGAAAUGGGUAAACGGGAAGGUAGUCUUCCUCCAGAGUAUGUUAAAUUGUUGAAGGGCAAAGGGGAUUACAAAGAUGGAGUCCCACCAAAAGUAGAUGAACGAGAUGAAAAGCCAAUGACAGAUGAUGAGCUUGCAGAGGCCCUGUCAUCUGACUUUACCUGUAGUACUGCUUCUGCUGAAGAAAAGAAGACAAGUCUGACAAAGGAUGCAAGUAAGGAAGGAGAAAUCGUGCAAGCACAAGCUGCAAGUUCAGUCAAGACCUCAGUUCCUCCUAAGGAGAAGAAAAAAUCAAAAGAGGAAAUUAAAGAGGAUGCAGUGGAAGCUCUUCUUGAUACUCUUGGUGGACCUGAACCUGAACCUGAAGAAGAUCUUACCCCUGUUGUAGAGGUGUCAGAGGCAAAAGCUAAAGAGAAAAAAGAACAAAAGGCUGGAGAACGUGAUGAUACGAUACCUCCAGAAUACAGGCUAACACCAGAGUUGGAUAAAGAUGGAAAACCAGUAUUGCCGAAGCCUGAAGAAAAACCUAAGCCUUUGAGUGAAUCUGAUCUUGUUGAUGAAUUCUCGAAAGACUUUGCCUGCCCUGCGCAGCCUGCAGUACAGUCCAAACCAUCGAAGCCCAGCAGCACACCCAAAAAGCCUUCAGAUCCUGUGUCUGCAAAAACUACUGAGGACGAAGUAGUCCCUCGUGCCACAGCUUGCACGGUGCAGUCUUCAGCUCCGUCAUCUGUGUCUUCAGUUGUUCACGUGGCAGAUGAAGCGCUGGAAGCCUUGUCCAGUAGCCUUGGAAAGAGGGAGCCUGAUCCAGACGAGAAGAAACCUGCUGUGGACAAAGUCAAGGAAAAAAACAAACAGGAGCAACGCAAAAAACUGGGUGAAGACGAAGAAACAAUUCCUCCAGAGUACAGAUUAACAGAAGCAAAAGAUAAAGAUGGAAAACCGCUCUUAGCAAAACCGGAAGAAAAGGCCCAGCCUAUGAGUGAAAAUGAUCUUUUAGAGGGUUUGACAGAAGGAUUUUCCUAUUCUCCAUCACCAUCUGCACCAUUACCUACACCAACUGUAAUAAAGAGGACCAAGGAGAGGGAAGAGCCCGCGGGCUGCUCGGCCGUGGUCUCUGCAGUGCACUCAGCAGCUCCUCCAGCUUCUACCUCCGGAGGAAAAGAGAUGGCUGAAGCCUUGGAUCUCCUGUCUGAUUCCUUGGGACAGAGGGAACCUGACCCUGAUGAGAACAAACCGGUUGUGGAUAAAGUAAAGGAAAAGGCGAAGUCUGAACACAGAGACAAACUUGGAGAAAGAGAUGAUACUAUCCCACCCGACUAUCAAAAACUUCUGGAGUCAGGUGAGCAGGGUAAACCAGUGAAACCAACAGCAAAGGAUGAUGUGAAACGCAAAGAAGAAAAGAAGCCCGCGGAUGACUCUGCAGCUAUUGAUGCGCUGUCAGGUGACUUUGAUACUUGUGCAAAGGCUCCUGCCACACCACAGCACUCAAAGUGUAGGACAAAAGUGGAAAGGAAACCGUCACCACUAAACCAACCCCAAAGGAUAAAGGAAAACGCAAAAACCCUAAAACGGCAAAGGGAGAGUCCUCCAGCAAGAAAUCUGAGAAGCAGAAAACAGGCUAAACGUUAACAUUACUGGGAUCUUGGCGCAUCGUGCGAAACGUCGUCUUUCUGUUGGUGGACAAUCAUUCACAAAGAACAAGAGCUGAUGCAAAAAAAGCAUGUGGUUAUUCCGGGUGGUUGUUGUAGAGUGAUACCUGCUGGACUUUUUUCCUAUUUUCUUUUUUCCCGGUAGUAGAGUAAGGUGUUUCGGGUUUUUUCCAUAGCCAUUCAUUUUAUUAUCCUCAUAUACUUUGACUUUUUUAAAUUUUCUUCAGUUUUCAGAGGGAAAGAAUGCUUUAUAUUUGCAAGAAAUAUAUUUCAUAAAUGAACAGCAAUGCCAAAAAAAAAAAAAAAAAAAAAAAAAAAUUCUGCAGACUUUUGCACAUAACCUCCACAGAGUGCCUGUAAAUCUCAGAAGAAUUUGUAUGUGCUUGCAUUUUGAACAUUGCAGUGAAUGCAUUAAGUAUUCUGGAACAUGAUGAGCUUUAGUUACCUUCAGCUCACCUCAGCCUGGCUGUGCGGCGUUUCCUGGUUGGAAACCAGAGGUAAGCUGUGAGUAGCUAAAGGAUGAAAAACUGGGGAUUUAUCGCUUCAUCAAGCGCAUCUAGCAAUUUAGAGCAGGUAUUUUGGAUGCUGCCUUAACUAGUUAGAACAACCAAAAUACACCGAAUAAGGAUUCUUUUUUUUUUUUUUUUUUAAUUAUUAUUAUUAUUUCCGAUCGUAUCUGUACUGUUACCUCGUAAUUUCAGGAGUCUCCUGGACUGAACAAACACAAAUCCUAGUGCAGCAGUGACACCGUUACCGUCACGGAGGAGAAGUAAAGGAGGACCACGAGCCUGAGCGGAGAUCAAAGGGACGUUCAGGUCGGCAGGCGGACUUUUCCUUCUCUUGUUUCUUUUGUGUAGCCGGCCCCGCUUCUCGUCCCCCCCCCCCGGCAGGGAGCUGGCUCAGCACAAGGUGCUGCCCCGCGUGUUUCCCCCGGCGCCCCGUGCCCCCCGGGACAGCCCCCCUGCACGUCCCCCCACGCGCGGUGCUCCGCCGGCGGCGGGGGGGGGAGGCUCACCCCGACCUUCGGCGCCGGAGUCUGGCUCGGGUGCGUCGGCGCUGCGGACGGAGGCAGCCCGGGGAUUUCAGUUGGGGAUAUUGAGACUUUCGACUGUGCUGCGCAGUCUGUACCGAGAACCUGUGUCACACUAAUAAAAGUUUUUAAGCAUGCA